CCGCCCCGCGCUGCCAGACAGCGUGCACCCACUGUGUCUAGGCUCGGCCGCCUCCCGGAUCCGAAGUAGAAAGCCCCGGUAGCGGGAGCGUGUAGAAAGGACUUCGAGAAGGCAACGGCGGCAGCGCCCCCACCGGGCCGUCCAAGCCAGGAGCGCGGGUACCCGCGAAGCGUUGGGCUCAGGGGAACGCGCCGGCUGGGCCCUCCGCGGCCGGAGCCCCUCCACCCAUCUGGUCUGGGAACCGACCAGAAAGAGAUCCACCAUUCUACCUCUCGUGGCCACCAUGCUGUGCACCCGCCUCUUCAGACCCCUGUCACAGCUGCCGGGGAGAACCCUGAGUUGCUAUGACAGAGAAAAUGGAACAAGGCGCUCGCUGCUGUUUUACUCCGCUUCUCUGGUCCCUAGCAGCCGUCGUGCUUAUUCCGAUGAGGUGAAGCCGGUUGGCAGCAAAGCCGUCCUGGUCACAGGCUGUGACUCGGGAUUUGGGUUCUCCUUGGCCAAGCAUCUGCAUUCAAAAGGCUUCCUUGUGUUUGCUGGCUGCUUGAUGAAGGACAAAGGAGAUGAUGGGGUCAAGGAGCUGGAUAGCUUGAAGAGUGAUCGACUAAGAACUGUCCAGCUCAAUGUCUGCAAGAACGAGGAGGUGGAGAAAGUGGUGGAGAUCGUCCGCUCGAGCCUGGAGGACCCUGAGAAAGGCCUGUGGGGCCUCGUUAACAAUGCGGGCAUCUCGACUUUCGGAGAAGUGGAGUUCACCAGCAUGGAGACCUACAAGGAAGUGGCAGAAGUGAACCUCUGGGGCACCGUGCGGAUGACGAAAUCCUUUCUCCCCCUCAUCCGAAGGGCCAAAGGCCGCGUCGUCAACAUCAGCAGCAUGCUGGGCCGCAUGGCCAACCCGGCCCGCUCGCCCUACUGCAUCACCAAGUUCGGGGUGGAGGCCUUCUCCGACUGCCUGCGCUACGAGAUGCACCCGCUGGGCGUGAAGGUCAGCGUGGUGGAACCUGGCAACUUCAUCGCCGCCACCAGCCUCUACAGCCCCGAGCGCAUUCAGGCCAUUGCCAAUAAGAUGUGGGACGAGCUGCCCGAGGUAGUGCGCCGGGACUACGGCAGGAAGUACUUUGACGAGAAGAUCGCCAAGAUGGAGACCUACUGCAACAGCGGCUCCACAGACACGUCCCCUGUUAUCAACGCUGUCACCCACGCCCUGACCUCUGCCAGCCCCUACACUCGCUACCACCCCAUGGACUACUACUGGUGGCUUCGAAUGCAGGUCAUGACCCACUUGCCCGCAGCGGUGUCCGACCGGAUCUACAUACACUGAAGAGUUUCCCACCGGCCUCUGCUUGGGGGGCCCUGGUGGGAGGGAGGGAGGGAGCGCAGGAGGGUCGGAGGGAGGGUCUGGUGACGCUCCUCUUGGUGGCCUGCUUGUGCACUAUCCACAGUCCCAGGAGGACCUACUGCCAAUUGUAGCAUUAACCACAGGGGCUAGCUCAGCCCUUCCUGGGGGCACCGUGAGUGGUGUGGGCUUCUCGGUGGGGGUGUGGAGUGGUGGGUGGGGUCCUUGUACCUUGAAACAUGGUACGUCCAUCUUUCUGAAGCUGAUUUAAUACAAAGACUUUGGGAAGACACGUUUAUAUUCAACACGGAUUUAUUAUAAAAUACAAUACAGAUCCUUUACAUUUUAAA